AAAUUUGAUACCGAAAUGCUGAUUAAAUGUUACGAUGAAGAAAUCCUUCGAGAAUGGUACUCAGUGCACGAAAAUGUAACAAGCGUUUUUGAUUUGGCGACAUGGAAUCCCAUUGAUCGACUUCAUAUACUGAAUAAGCAUUCCCUGUAUCACAGAAGAACACAAAUGGGUGGAAUUUCAUUGAGAAUUGUUUCAGUGAAUGGAUCACCAUUAAUAUAUGAAGAAAAGGAUAGAGGAUUGAGUGGAUUCUUCGGCGAUGUAAUACAGGAGCUUUCAUCGGCCAUGAAAUUUAAAAUAAAUCACAUAGGGAAACAAAACGAAUAUGGAACUUGGAAAAAUGAUACUCAACAUUGGACUGGAGUAAUAGAACAACUUUACAUGGAUAAGGCAGAUUUGGCAGCUGCUGACAUGAUUAUGUCCUCUCGAAGACUCGACAUUGUCGAUUUUUCUGUACCAUUAAUGACAACACGCCUUGUACUUUUUUUUAAGGAACCAAGUACCACAGGAGUACAACAGUUGGGUUACUUUCUGCCAUUCAGUAGCGAAAUUUGGGCCAUGAUAAUGUUACUUAUUUUAACGACACCAUUUCUUUUGACAUUAAUAAAAAUUAAAACAAAACAAACGAAUAAUUGUUUUAAUCUUCUCUCCGAAAAUUAUUUAAAUGUAUGGGGAAUUUAUUGUCAGCAAGGUUUACCAGAAUUCCCAACUAUAACAUCUUUAAGAUUGGCUUAUUUUUCAAUUUUUAUUUCGGCAUUAAUAUUAUCAUCUGUCUAUUCGGCUGUCUUAAUAAGCUACUUAACAGUCCCUCGGCCUAUUCUUCCAUUUACAACUCUGGAAGGUUUUGUAGAUGAUGGGACCUAUGAUUUAAUAGUCCUAAAACAUAGCACACAUCAAGAGUUAUUUGAGCAAACGACGAACCCGCUAUUACUAAACAUGAAAAAGUUGAUGAAAGAAGAAAGCAAACUUCCAUUAAAUGGAAUGGAUGCAGUGAAUCAGGGUUAUCUAAAACAUCCAGUGUAUAGAACAAAACCUCAGAAUUUAGAAGAAUUACAACAAAGAAUAAUAAUAGACGAGUCGGCACUAAUUCCUACUGAAUACAUCGAAAAAGCUGUUAGUGCUUUCUAUCAUCGCUUGGCUCACUGUCAACAGGUGAGAAACAAGGGGCCUUACGAUAAUGAAGCACUUCGAAACGUGAGAGGCGAGAGGCUUCGCGAUAAUCAAGCACCCAGAAACGUGAGAGGCAAGGGGCCUCACGAUAAUGAAGCACCUCGAAACGUGAGAGGCAAGGGGACUCACGAUAAUCAAGCGGCCCGAAACAUGAGAGAGAAGAAGGGCGAGCAAGAAUCUUGGAAGAGCAGAUUAAAUACAAAAAGAGGUGACAAAAAUGGAGGGACACACGUAAAAUUUGAAGUAGACGAUAUAGUCUCCAUGAAAGACUACCCUGAGCAAACAGGAGAGUCCACAAAACUUCAUAACAAGUUCAGAGGACCCUUAGUGGCCACAGCGAUUUUUUCCUCGGAUACCUAUGGCCAACUAAAAAUUUGGCUAGCUCCAAUAAAUGAAGAUUCUAAUGUCAUCGACGAAACAAGCGAGGAUGAAGACAACCCUAAUUCUCAUCAUUAA